GAAAACAACAACAGGCUACUCUGCAAGGAAGGCAGCUGCAUGGAUAGCGACACCAACGACGAGCAGGACCUCAUGUAUGCCGUCAUAUUUACUUAAAACAAAAUGCAUUUUAUAUUCAUAAUGCGAGGAACUCGGUGUUCUCCGUGAGCUGUACUGAUUUCGAUCCGUUACUUUGAGGGGAAAGUGUUUGUAAAGUAGCUGGCUAGCAGGCUAGCUCCCCGCUUCUUCUCUAUGGUUGAGUAUCUUCCGGCAGCAGCGGCGGCAGCAGCGGUGCCAUGAACAGCGGACUUCCACCUUCCGCUGCUCCGCUCGGGGGUGCCGGGAUACCCAGUGUCAAGGUGAAGUUUUGCCGAUACUACGCGAAAGACAAAACCUGCUUUUACGGAGAUGAGUGCCAGUUCCUGCACGAGGAUCCCUCCAUGGGAAGCAUGUCGCUGCACGGAGGUGGCGGCAGCCCCGUCCCGCUGCCCAUGGCCGGAGGUGGCGGGACGCCAGCGGGGUAUUCCCUCGGUGGUACGGCGACGGUCUGCCCAGGCGGUGGAGGGACUGGAGUGUCCAAGAAAAGCGAAGCACUCGGGCCUACAGGCACGGCUUUGGAGGGGCAGCUGCUAACCAUCCCAGGGAUGGAGGGUCCAGCCCUUAGCGACGCCAAUCUCACCAACUCUUAUUUCAGCAGCAGCUUCAUUGGCGUCAAUGGGUUUGGAAGCCCUGCAGAGUCGAAAUAUACAAUGAUGCAGCGAAUGACUACCAGCAGCAGCUCUCCCAGUCUUCUCAAUGAUGGUACCAAGAAUUUCAGCCACAGCACUCAUGAUCCGGUAAACUCCUCGACUUCGUCACUGUUCAGUGAUUUUGGUGCUCUUAGCAUUUCCCAGAGGAGAAAGGCUCCUAACCCCGCUGCAAGUGAGUUCAUCCCUAAGGGCGCUCCGCGAAUGGCUGCCAUGACGCAGUCUGCGGUUCAGCCCUUCCCUUCUCCGCUCUUUGCUCAUCCUGGCCUCGGUGGCUCCACAGCUGCUUUGGCGCCAGGUAUGUCUUUGUCUGCUGGAUCAUCUCCUCUCCACUCCCCAAAGAUCACACCUCACACCUCACCUGCCCCUCGUCGACGGAGUCAUACCCCAAACCCCGCCAACUACAUGGUGCCCACCACUGCGGCCGACCAGGGCGCCCACAUCAUCCAGAAAGAGACCGUAGGCGGGACAACGUACUUCUACACAGAUAACACCCCAGUGCCAAUGGCAGGGAUGGUGUUUCCUACCUUCCACAUCUACCCCCCCACUGCCCCUCAUGUGGCUUACAUGCAGCCGAAAGCCAAUGCCCCGUCCUUCUUCAUGGCUGAUGAGCUCCGACAGGAGCUGAUUCACAGGCACCUGAUAACCAUGGCCCAAAUCGACCACUCAGAGAACCCAGACGUACCGUCUGAAGUGGACAGCUACCACAGCCUGUUUCCCCUCGAGCCUCUCCCCCCGCCGAACCGCAUGCAGAAAACCAGCAACUUCAGCUACAUCACCUCCUGCUACAAGGCGGUCAACAGCAAGGAUGACCUGCCAUACUGCCUGAGGAGGAUACACGGUUUCCGCCUUGUUAAUACAAAGUGUAUGAUGCUGGUAGACAUGUGGAAGAAGAUUCAGCACUCAAACACGGUGACACUUAGAGAGGUCUUCACCACAAAGGCCUUUGGAGACCACUCACUGGUCUUCUCAUACGACUUCCAUGCAGGUGCAGAAACGAUGUUCAGCAGGCAUUUUAAUGACCCAGCGGCGGACUCAUACUUCACAAAGAGGAAGUGGGGGCAACAUGAACCUCCGCCACCGCGGCAGCAUGCAGGCCUUCUGCCGGAGUCGCUGAUCUGGGCCUACAUCGUCCAGCUAAGCUCGGCCUUGCGGACCAUCCACACGGCCGGUCUUGCCUGUCGGGUCAUGGACCCCAGCAAAAUACUCAUCACUGGUAAAACCAGGUUACGGGUGAACUGCGUCGGGGUGUUUGAUGUCUUAACAUUUGACAACAGUCAGACCAAUCAUCUUGCCCUGAUGCCGCAAUACCAGCAAGCAGAUCUAGUUUCCCUGGGCAAGGUGGUGCUGGCUUUGGCCUGUAAUUCGCUGGCUGGAAUCCAGAGGGAGAACCUGCAGAAGGCCAUGGAGCUGGUUUCUAUAAACUACUCUUCAGACCUCAAGAACCUUAUUCUGUAUCUGCUGACUGAUCAGUCUCGGCUGCGCAGCGUCAAUGACAUCAUGCCCAUGAUUGGGGCACGAUUCUACACGCAACUCGAUGCAUCGCAGAUGCGAAAUGACGUCAUCGAGGAGGACCUUGCCAAGGAGGUGCAAAAUGGUCGCCUUUUCCGCCUGCUUGCCAAACUGGGAACCAUCAACGAACGGCCUGAGUUUCAGAAGGACCCGGCGUGGUCGGAGACCGGCGACCGCUACCUGCUGAAGCUUUUCCGGGAUCACCUGUUCCACCAGGUGACGGAGGCGGGGACGCCGUGGAUUGACCUCAGCCAUAUUGUCUCCUGCCUCAACAAACUGGACGCGGGUGUUCCUGAGAAGAUCAGCUUGGUGUCCCGGGAUGAGAAGAGCGUCCUGGUGGUCACCUAUUCGGACCUGAAGCGCUGUUUCGACAGCACCUUCCAGGAGCUGCAGGCCGCAGCCGCUGGCUCUCUGUAGCGCCCCCUAUGGGGCCCAGACCUGGAGCGCACCAUUGCACUACAGCGGAGGACCAGGCUCUCAGACAUCAGCACAGCGAAGGCAGCGAGGCGGGGCUUCGUGAACCUCAGUCACAUACACUGAUUCCUGUCCACCAGGAACCACUUUUGUAAAGCAUAUAUAUAUUUUUUUUGUGGCUGAAAAUUGGAAAAAAACAAAACAACAAAAAACAAACAAACAAAAAAAA